CAGCGUCACCAUGUCACGAUUAAAUUGUGGCCAAACGGUAGUUGAUUUAUUUUUGUGUGUCUGUAUGCUAUAAACGUGGAAAAGAGGUUUUGUAGCUUCAUAUAUCGUACACAAGUGAGUACUUUAUGAAACGUCAGCUGCAUUGGCACUAGAAAAUUUGGAUAUUGUGUAUUCAGCAGUGGUGUUUUGCUUUCUGCAGCUGGAGACAUUUCUUUGGUCAACCACAUUCUAGUAAGAACUCAACUGUGAAACAUCUUAAACAUAAUGGGGAGGCAUGAAGUGUGUACCCCUAAAUAUAUUGCGAACAAAAUAAAGGCGAAAGGGCUCCAGAAACUUCGUUGGUAUUGUCAGAUGUGCGAGAAGCAAUGCCGUGACGAGAAUGGUUUCAGGUGCCAUAUGACGUCAGAGUCACAUCAGCGACAACUUCUUCAAUUUGCUGCUAAUGCAGACAGAUACAUUAGUAAUUUUUCGAAAGAAUUUGAAAGAGGUUAUCUGGAAGUACUAAAACAUCAGUUUGGUACGGAACGUGUUCAUGCAAAUCGUGUGUACCAGGACUAUAUCUCUGACCGUCAUCAUUUGCAUAUGACUUCUACACAGUGGGAUACAUUGACAGACUUUGUGAAAUGGCUUGGAAGAGAAGGAAAGUGCAAGGUGGAUGAGCCUGAAGAAGGAUUGUAUGUCCAGUAUAUAGACCGUGACCCAGAAACAAUUGCCAUGCAAGAAGCUGUUUCCCGCAAGGAGAAGAUCCACAGAGACGAGCGAGAGAGGAUGAUGUCCUUUAUUGAAAAGCAAAUUGAGAAGGGGAAAGAAAGUUCCAGGAAUGACACACACGUCUUCACGGAGUUUGUGCGACCAAGCGAGCAACAUAAAAUUGUUGUAAAUUUGAAGCUAGAAACAAAAAGGACAAAAGGGGAUGAGGACAUGAGAAAUAAAACUUUGGUGGCAGGUAACGCAUUGAAGAAUGGUUCUUCAGCAGGAAACCGAAAAGACUCAAAAGAAUCUGGAAGAGGGAGAGGUGAAAAGAGGAAGUUAUCAGCCCUUGGAGAGAUCAUUAAAGAUGAAGAGAACAAGAGAGAACGUAUAAACAGAAAGGAUUACUGGUUGGUGGAAGGAAUUGUUGUGAAGGUGAUGGCAAAGUGUCUGGGUGACAAAUACCACAGGAAGAAAGGGGUUGUAACUGGAGUGCCAGAUAAGCAUGUAGCUACAGUAUGCAUGUUAGAUGGUGGACACAAACUAAAACUAGACCAAGAACAUCUUGAAACGGUGAUACCAGCAAUAGGGCGACCUGUGCGUAUUGUAAAUGGUGCUUAUCAUGGUUGCAGUGCCAUGCUUAGGGAACUGGAUCAGAAGAAAUUCUGUGUAACCAUUGAAAUAUCCUCAGGCCCUUUGAAGGGCAGAAUAGUUGACAGAGUGGACUAUGGAGAUAUCUGUAAAUUAUAUGAUGUAGAUAUGUGAAUAUGAUAUAACAUUAAUGUGACAUAUUUGCAAGUUUAAAGAAGGUUUGAUCCUGUAAGAAAUAAUAAGAACAAAGCAUAUAAAUUUAACUACAGUGUUCUUUGCAGUGAGAUAUUAAUUCUGUAAUUCAGUUAAUAAGCCAUCAUUGUAGCAUCUCCAGUGAAUUAUAAAGUGUUACCAAUGAGAAGUUUAA